AGCCAUGGCAUUGUCGCUGGAAGAGUUCGUUCACUCCCUUGACCUCAGGACGCUUCCUAGGGUCCUAGAAGUCCAGUCAGGCAUCUAUUUUGAAGGUUCCAUUUACGAAAUGUUUGGAAAUGAAUGCUGUUUGUCAACAGGAGAAGUGAUUAAAGUUACUGGUCUCAAAAUUAAGAAGAUCAUAGCUGAAAUUUCUGAGCACAUUGAGGGUUGUGAGUCUCUACAACCAUUUGAGCUGCCUAUGAAUUUUCCAGGUGCAAAUCAGUUUAUCCUGGAGUUAGAGUCGGUUCUUAACAAAUCUGAACCUGAUGCUCUGAUGAUGUUGUCUGAUCGCCCAGAAUCAGUUUAUCCUGGAGUUAGAAUCGGUUCUUAA